AUGGACGGAGCGUUGAAGUUUACGGACCUCCCGUUGACCGCGUCGGUGCAGGCGAGUCUGCAAGCAUGUGGCUUCUACGUCCCAUCGCCCAUUCAGGCGAAAGCGCUACCGGUCGCUCUAUUUGGCAACGACCUGAUUGCCCAAGCUAAAUCUGGGAUGGGCAAGACGUUGGUGUUCGCUUGCGUGACGUUGGAGCUCGUGCUGGCCAAUCCGACCAGUUGGGCAUUGAUCCUGGCGCCGACGCGCGAAAUCGCGUUGCAAAUCCAACACGUGCUUCACACAUUGAUCGCAGCCAUCCCAUCACUGUCCUCGUCGGCUGUGGUUGCGUGCAUCGGUGGACUGGAUAUUCAGGACGACGAACGACGCCUGCAGCAGCGCACGACGCGCGUCGUCGUCGGCACGCCUGGCCGCGUCAAGGCGCUCGUGCAGCGCAAAGCCAUCCCCAUGACGUACAUGCACUUGUUUGUGUUGGACGAAGUGGACAAGCUGAUGGAAUCGGAUUUCCAGAGCGACCUCGACGCCAUUGUAACCAAGCUCCCUGCCACAAAACAGAUUGUCGCGUGCUCUGCUACCUUUACCCCCGAUCAAUUGGCGCGACUGGGGACGAUCAUGCUCACCCCACAGUUUGUUCGAGUGCAAGGCCCUCAAUCGGUCACGACCGAGUACAUUCAGGACACCAACGUAGCCGCGUGGAAGGCCCGAGAUGAAAGCCAACGACCUGAACUGUGGCUAAGAGGGGUGCGGCAGUACUACCUAGUAGUCGACACACCCACGAACCCAGAUGACCUCCUCCGCACCAAAGUGCAGCGCCUGGCACACGUGCUCACCGAGGUGCCGUUCCACCAGUGCAUUGUCUUUUGCAAUGAUAAAUACAGAGCCGAAGCACUGGCCGAUGCGCUGACCAGUUUGGCGUAUCCAGCGGUAUGCAUCACCGGCGCCCAAGCACAAAGCCAGCGCACGGAAUCCAUGGACAGCUUCCGUCAAUUCCAAGCGCGCAUCCUUGUGUCCACAGACUUGACGGCGCGCGGUAUCGACGUCGAUCGAGUCAACUUUGUGGUGAAUCUGGACCUGCCACGAGAUCCUGCCACGUAUUUGCAUCGCGUGGGGCGGUCGGGGCGGUUUGGGGGCCAGGGGGUCGCCAUUACCCUCUUGGGCAUUCCCGAAGUCAAAGCCAUCAAGGCCAUGGCGAACGUGUUCAAAAUGACAGUGGCCGAGUGGACAGGACAAGCCCCCCCCCGUGACGAACAGUCGCGAGAAGAUGACGUUACAGCGUAUGCUCGCUCGGACCUCCCCACUCGGAUCUUUCAGAGGCGACAGCAAAACGACAAGGAUGGUGAACAAUUGGACGCCACAGCGGCUGCCACUUUAACGCCAGAUACGACUACCCUGCCAAAGUUCUCGUCGCUCCAAGUGGACACUCCCGCCAACUUGCAACACGAAAGCCCCCGAUUGGUUGUUGCUCCGUCACCCCAAGCCACGACCGACGCAACGCCACUGAACUCAUCGCCGACGUUUCCCCCAGAGAUUAAUGUCGGUAGCCCUUGUGCGGCGGCGGCUACGUCUGUGGCCAGAAAGCGCCCAAGCAAAAGCAAACGACCUCCCACGUCGCCGCCACCAACCAUUGUCACAAACGUCGACCUUCGAAACCAACCAACCUCGUCACACAUCCAACGUGAUGUCUCGUCGCCACAACCCAAGCCACCAACCAAGCAAAACCACUUCAACAACGCCACGUACUUGAAAGAAGAAGCCAUGUACGACCAGUGGCUAGCCCUCGUCCAUAAGUCUAGUCAAUGCUAAGCGUUGAGCCGGAGGACUCGGAAGCCUCACUCUUUCCACUACUAUAUUAACGAGCUAUGACAUAACGUUACUGGUGGUGAAUCAACAAUAUGAGAAACCAACUGAUUCGUCCAGCA